UCCGUGCUCCCGCUCCUGCUCCUGCGCCUGCGCCUGCUCCUGCUCGCCCUUUCGUGUGUGUCCUCUUCACCCCAUUCUGAUCUCUGGUCGUUGAGUUGCGCCCGCCUGAUCUGCAGUCCUCUGUGCGUGUCCCUGCUCCUGCCACGUGGCCGUACUUGAGCUCUCUCACGUGGUCCCCGUUCCUUCUCGGCGCUUCCCUGCGUGUCCUCUGCUUGGCUCAUCUGGGGUCGUUGGGUUUCGGCUGCCUGAUCUGCAGUCCUGUGUGUGUCCCUGGCUCCUGCUGCUGCCACGUGGCCGUACUUGAGCUGUCCCACGUGGUCCCCGCUCCUUCUCGGCCCUUCCCUGCGUGUCUUCUACUUGGCUCAUCUGGGGCUGUUGGGAUCGCGGCUGCGUGACCUGCAGUCCUCUGUGCGUGUCCCUGCUCGUGCCACGUGGCCGUACUUGAGCUGUCCCACGUGGCCGUACUUGAGCUGUCCCACGUGGUCCCCGCUUCUUCUCGGCCCUUCCCUGCGUGUCUUCUACUUGGCUCGUCUGGGGUUGUUGGGAUCGCGGCUGCGUGAUCUGCUGUCCUCUGUGUGUGUCCCUUCUCCUGCCACGUGGCCGUACUUGAGCUGUCCCACGUGGUCCCUGCUCCUGCUGCUGCUCCUCCCGUGUGUCUGCCUUCCGCUUGCGCUCAUCCCGGCUUGUGUUGGGAUCGCGGCUUACUGAUCUGCUGUUAUCGCCGUCAAAAAAUGCCUGUGACCAAAGUGUUUGUCGUGUACUACUCGAUGUACGGCCACGUUGCAAAGCUGGCAGAGAGCGUGAAGGAGGGGAUCAACAGCGUGGCGGGAUGCGAGGCGCAGGUGUACCAAGUCCCGGAGACGCUGUCGCCGGAGGUGUUGGGGCGCAUGCACGCGCCGCCGAAGCCCGCGGGGAUCCCGAUCAUCACGCCGACGAAGCUGGCGGAAGCAGACGGAAUAGUGUUCGGUUUCCCGACCAGAUUCGGAAUGAUGGCGGCACAGAUGAAAGCGUUCUUCGACUCGACGGGGAGCUUGUGGCAGUCGCAGGCGUUGGCGGGAAAGCCCGCGGGAAUCUUCAUCAGCACGGGGACGCAGGGAGGGGGGCAGGAGACGACGGCGCUCACCGCCAUAACUCAACUUACGCACCAUGGAAUGAUCUUCGUUCCUGUUGGAUAUGGAUUUGGUGCAGGGAUGUUCAAGAUGGACGAGGUGAGAGGGGGCUCGCCGUACGGGGCAGGCACAUUCGCUGGCGCGGGGGACAGAAUGCCCACCAAGCUGGAGCUCGAUCUCGCUCUUCACCAAGGAAAGAUGCUGGCCACGGUCGCCAAGAAACUCAAGGCCGCUUCUUGAUCGACCCAUCGACCGAUUGAUUGAUUGAUUGAUUGAUUGAUUUGAUGCUUAACACAGACCAAUUAUGGUGUGUGUGUGUGUGUGUGUGUGUGUGUGUGUGUGAGAGAGAGAGAGAGAGAGAGAGAGAGAGAGAGCGAGAGAGCGAGAGCGAGAGAGAGAGAGAGAGAGAGCGAGCGAGCGAGCGAGAGAGAGAGAGAGAGAGAGAGAGAGAGAGAGCGAGAGAGCGAGAGAGCGAGAGAGAGAGAGAGAGAGAGAGAUGUGCGUGACUGAGUAGAUAGAUAGAUAGAUAGAUAGAUAGAUAGAUAGAUAGAUAGAGAGAGAUGUGCGUGACUGAGUAGAGAGAGAGAGAGAGAGAGAGAGAGAGAGAGAGAGAGAGAGAGAGAACCGUCAGGUGGGGAACAUGUAUAAAACAAGUUUCAGGCGUGUGAAGUGUGGGGAUGAUUUUCUUUCUUUUCUUUUUGUCUUUCUCGGUUAGCGGGAAAGCACAAAGGCCCAGAAGGAAACAACAUCAGUUCGCGACGGAAAUGGUGAAUCUUUAGUAUUUAUUACGCGAUCGACAGCUGCAAAGCUUUCCUC